UGGUAUUAUGCCGCACAAGGACCAGUUUAAGAAUCACGCCUGGACUCGCGCUCACAGCCACUUCGCACUCAUGGGAGGCUUUGCAUUCGAGACCGAUAAAAAACUCCCAGGUUUUUUUCCGCUAGAACGAAGUCGCCUGACUCUUACAACUUAAGGGUUAAGACAUCUUGCCCAGGUCGACCCAAUGUUGAUCCCCAAUAUCUCUGAAGUGUACAUCAAGGACAAGAGCAAGGCUAAUUGGUUCGCAAAAGCGCUUGUCUGUAUGCAAGCAUGCUGGUUUAUCACGCAGGUUGUCGGACGGGUUGCUACUUCUUAUCCUAUAACCUUGCUGGAAAUGAAUACCUUAAUGCAUGCUCUGUGGUGUUUGGUAAUCUAUCUGGCUUGGUGGCAUAAACCUUUAAACAUUGACGAACCUACGAUCAUCAGAACGACAGAUGAGAGGACUCGCAAGAUGUGCGCUUGGAUGAUAAUGAGCAGUACUCUGGGCGUCAGCAAACAAUUACACUUCAUCCCACGCCACGAUUACCAGGGUCGCAGGAAAGCUUACAUCGUCUAUGCAGAAGAUAUCUCCAGCGAUAGGUACCAGCUCAAGACCGAUUACGGCGAGACAUUCGACUGGACACAGACAGACAACACGCAGCAAGCGACCUGCCUGCCACGGAAGGAUGAUUCGCACUAUCCGGGCACUGCAAAAGGAAAGCAAGCUCUUGUUUCCCUGAGCUUUGGCCAGCUCAUUCAUGGGUUCCGGCUGGUUUCGUACUCGAAGCGGUGGCCCAAGAAAGAGCAAAGGCCGCCAGACGAUGCACACGUAUUGCUAACGCUAGCUGAAGUAUAUCUGGCAAGCCUUUUACGUGCGGAAGAUCCGGUCUGGAAUUUAUCAGACAUAGUGAGACUGCUAUUCAGUCUAGGAUCAAUAGUAACACAUAUGUCGGAGGUUGACGAAUACCGGUAUGCAUUCAGCUGGGCCAAGCAUGACGAUUCGGUACUGUUCGGGUUCCGGGGCUCGACCUCGCUCACCCAGCGGUUCAAAAAACAUGCGAGCAGAUUCGUGUGGGGCAACUUCCUGUUCGGCGGAGCCACGGCUCGAUCCACUUGGUUGCCUGGAACGGACCUUUCACGAUGAUGCACGAACGCUGGUUAUGGCGGGUGUCAUGUCUUGUUGUUGCCAGCCCUCUUCCGCUGGCCGUCCUGAUCAUCGGGAGCUUUAAGAUUGUGGGUUAUUUGUACGUUAAGGAUUUUACGCUGACCCGCUGGUUGACCGCUCAUU